AUGCUCCUAUUCGUUAUCUUCUGCUUAUUGGGCUGUACAUUUGCUCAAUUGCCAAAACCUUGUAUAUCUCCCGGUCAAUGGGAAGCACGCGUUCGUACUUCCAAUCCCCAGCUAAAAGCAGAACUUUUUGGUAAAUUAACCUAUGAUUCAGUGUAUCAUCGUACAAGAAUUUUGCAAGACGUGACGGUCGGCACAACCGAGACCUACUAUGAUAUUAUUACUUUCUAUGAAGGCAAGCUUGCAUUUUUUAUCGAUAAGAAAACAGAUGUUUGUUCACGUGUCCCUUUUGAUCAACCGUGGCGUGAUUAUGGUAUCCAAGCGGAUGCAAGAUUCGUUAGAGAAGCAUAUAUAGGUUCUUCCGCAGUUUCUAGCAGCGGUCUACUUGUCACUGUGUGGUGA